CUCCUGUCAACUGAUCGGCACGUGAGCUCCCAUCCUCUUCGUCAUCGUCCAUCGUUCUCCCUCCCUCUCUCUCUCGCCGGCUUUGGAAUAAGAAAAGGAGAAAUAAUUUAUUAAUUUCAAGAGAGAGAGAGAGAGAGAAGAGGUCGUAAAUAAUCACCUCUCAUUCUCUUUGAUCGGCCGCCAUGAAUGGCGACAGGCUCUAAGAUGCGCCGGGGCCGCCCUCCCUCUAUCCUUCGCUUCCCCUUCUCUCCGAAGCCCCCGAUCUAGGGUUACGGUUAGGGUUCCGAUUACGCUCUAUUUGAAAGUCAAAAAGAUGGAAGAGAGGGUUUGGAGAGGUUCCGCUCUCCUGAUUCUCCUUGUUCUGUUCGCGUCGGCAGCCGGAAUCUCCGGCGAGACGGAGAAGUGCUCUAGGGCUCCGGCAGUGGACUCGAUCUUGCCGCCGCCUCGAGAUUCGUGCCCGGCGCCGGAGUCGACGGGUGACCGAUUUAGAUCGGUUGGUGUAAUCCAGGGGGAUGAAAUGGCGCUGCAGAGGGCAUUAAAUCUCGUGUACAAAAAUAGGGAAGAAUACGUGGCUGUGCUAUUCCACGCCUCUUGGUGUCCUUUCUCAAAAAUUUGCCAUCCAAACUUCAACUUUAUGUCUUCAGUGUUUCCCACAAUCCGUCAUUUUGCAUUUGAAGAAUCUGUUAUCAGGCCAAGCAUCCUCUCGCGGUAUGGUGCUUCAUGGAUUCCCAACACUCUUUCUGUUGCUACUAAAUUCGACUUGCUCGUUGUUGGCGAGUAUCAGGACCACUACUGA